CCGAUUUCAGGGGAACCCAACGAGAGAGCCUGGACAGUGGACACCCCCCGCAGCACGCCGGGACGAAGCCGAGCAGUCUUGCUCUGCACUCUGCACUGCGCCGCCGCUGGAUCUACCCCACCUCGCCGUUCCCGCCGCGGCGGUCAAUGGAGUUCCGCUUCCGCGCCGGGGACCGCGGGCCGCCCGGCUCCUCCCCGCCAGCCCCCGGAGGCUCCCCGCCGGCACGGUUCUCCCUCCCCCGCGACGGCUACACCGGUGCCGGUGCGCAAGGCACGCAAGCAGGGCCUUCGCCUUCGCCUUUGCCGCGGCCGCCGCUCGAGUGGGAGGCGGCGCGGCGAGAGCACCUCAUCCGCGAGGAGGUGAGGCGGCGGCUCGUCGAGGAGGAGGUGCGCCGCGAGUUCGAGGCCGAGGGCGACCUCGCCUUCGCCCGCGGGGGCUGGGGGCCCGACCCCUUCCUCGCCCCCGGUUGCUUCAUGCCGCCGCCGACGAUGCCGAUGCCGAUGCGCCCGCCCCCGUACGCGCCGCCGCCGCCGGUGCCUUUCGACGAGUUUGGUGCCUGGCAGGGGUUUGUGCCUCGCCGGCACGCGGGAUUUGGGGAAAGGAUGCCGUUCCCCUGCGAGGAGAGGAGGUGGUCUCCGCCGCGUCAGAAGCCGAAGCAUAAGCUCCAGCUGCUUGAGAUCGAGCCCUCCGGGACACCCGUGGCUCUUUCACCAAAAUUGAAGGUUCCAAAGAUGAAGAGGAAAGCAGCUGCAAAUGCUGCAGCUACUGUACCAAAGAAAGUACAGAAACUAGCCAAGGACUGGAGCUGUGCACUAUGCCAGGUUAGUGCAACAUGUGAAGCUGGUCUAAAUGAGCAUCUCGGAGGAAGAAAACAUAAGGCCAAGUUGGCACAGUGUGGCGCCAGCAAGGCAAUCAAAGAUGACAAAAACUGCUUGCAGGCGACCACUGGGAAUAAGAACAGCACAGAUCCUUGUGAUGCACCUAAGAAAGUACACAUGCUAGUAGACGGUGAAAUGCAUGAAGUUGUUCAGAAGAACAACUAUCUGUGGUGUGAUCGCUGCAGAGUCAGGUGUGAUAGCAACGUCAUCAUGGCUGGUCAUCUGCGGAGCAAAAAGCACAGUAAAUUAAACAAGGUUUGGACAUCGAUAAAAGCUGUGAGGACAAAUACUGAUACUAAGGAAGAUUUGCCUUCUUGUGGAAGUCUGGUAAAUACAAACGACUGUACUGAAAUUCCAGCGGUAAUUGAAGGCGACAUAAAUAUGACCAGUGAAGUAGAUGAAAGUAGCCCUGCAGAAAAUCCCGCCGGGAAAGAAAUCAAAAGCAUUGCCACCGAAGUAGAAAUUCCAGCGGUAAUUGAUGGCGGCAUAAAUAUGACCAGUGGUGUAGAUGAAAGUAGCCUUGUAGAAAAUCCAGCUGGGAAAGAAAUCACAAGCAUCGCCACCGAAGUAGAAAGUAUAACCAUGGCUACCGAAGUACAUGAAAAUAACCCUGUUGAAACUCCAGUUGAAACAAAGAAGGAAAGCACAGACAUGACAAAUGAUGUGUGACAAGUCGAGCCAAAGGAGGAGUAACAGUAUACCUGCUCUUUACCCAAGCUUCUCGCUUCUACCCUUUCGUUGGACAUGAUCUUAUCAUGGAACAUAUGCUUAGCUCAGUUUCAUCAUCAGAUGUGGGAUUCUCUCUUACCAUCCGGCAUGUACUCCCUCUGUAAAGAAAUAUAAGAGCAUUUAGAUUACUACUUUAGUGAUCUAAACGCUCUUAUAUUUCUUUACGGAGGGAGUAGUUUAUAGGGUAACAAUAAUGCAUAUGGGCAAUGUUUUCUUGUUAAGUUUCUUAGAUACUGGUAAUCAAGGCAGGAAUCUUACAAGUAUAUGAAUCCAGUGCCAUACAUGGCUUCUAAGGUAUCUAACUUGAUUACUAGUAUCUAAGCAACUUUCCAUGAGAAGCAUUGCUCCCUGGAGUAUGUGUUAUUGUUACUCUUUGGACAUGUCUUUGACAUGGAGAUUAAGUUUUUUUAUGUAGAAUGCCCCACUUUGAACUAUACCUUAGCUGCCUCUGUGGUACUUGUAUCCAGUUUUCAUUGUCGUCCUCUGUUUACAUGUAAUGUGCUGAGGUGA